AUGGGCCAAUUAUCGGAAGUCUGAAUAUUGUAGAACAAUAUAAAAUUUAUAACAAUAGCUCUUAUAGUAUACAAUGUCACAAAGAAAAUGACAGUUUUUGUUUGUUAUCGGAUGAUAGCUGUAUAUACGUACAUAAUAUUGUUAAAACAAUUGAUAAUAAGAUUUUUGUACUGGGAAGAUUAUUACAAUCUAUGGGUAGCUUAUAUUCGUUACCAUGUGAUUCGGAAAAAUUAAAUAUUAGAUAUGUUUCCACGAGAGUUUUUCAAGAUGGUUACUGGCCAGUUACAGAUAUAAUGUGCAAGGCGUGGGCUAUACCCCGUGGCAAUGUAUUUGUCAUUGUUCCUAUUUUACAUAGUUUNAGUUCUGACUAAGUGUAUAGGAUUUAUAAAUGAAUAAAAUUAUAUGUUUUCGAUACACUUGUUCGAUCAUUUGUUUAUUUAUUUUACUUAUUCUAUUUAUAAUUUUAGGAGCUUAUGUACUAUUACAACAUGGAGACAUUUUCGAGAUAGUUGGAAUUAUGCAAUCAUAUGUGACGUCAGUAUUAUUCUUUGUACUAUAUUACACUAAUUAUUUUUUUUUUAGGAAUCAACAUGAAGAAAUUCUCUAUUGUAGAAUUCGAAGAAGGUCUUAGCGUUGUGCCGANGGUGUGGUUAACUACGACGGAUGAGGGAAUUCAAUCUAUUUGGCCAAGUUAUCUAAAAAAUCAAUUUCUUAUAAAUAAAGCAAUAAUACGUGGAGAGUUACCGCGAGACUCUGCGGAGUNGUCUAUUGUUGAUGUACGGCGAAAAUUUGGUGAAGCUGAUUCAUAUGAAGCAGCUAUGCAGAAAUGUGCUAUGGCGGAAGAGACGUCGAAUUUGGACGAUUCUGAUAGUCAGGCGGAAGUUAUGUCUGAGAAAUUGUGGGAGAAAUUAAAAAAAUCCAGGCAUGAACGAGCUAAAAGAAUGUUUUNGUCUGAUGAAGAAAAUUUCGAAGAAGAGGCAGUAUCUACCUCGAAAUAUUCGUCAUUUCCAUUGUUCCCAUCAAAACAGAAAAAAAAAGUCAUCACAACGAAACAGAAAAGAGCCAGCAAUCGACACCUUUAUCAGUAAAACCAUCAACAAGUUCUUUAUUUGAGAUGUCACAAAAAUCACAAACCGCAAUGAACACGAAAUCUAUGACCGU